GCUCGUCCAGCUGGGGGGGUGGGGGGUGUUAGAUUGGUAGUUAUGCUGAUUAACUAUAACAGCAGAACUAAAAGGGAGAGCUAGAAGGUAACGCAGACAUGAGCAUGUGAGAUGAGUGCAAAACUGUAUCACAAACACACCGAACAAUCAAUACUCAGGACAGAGUGCACUAACAGGACAGAAAAACAGAACAGAGUUAUCUGGCAACGGUAGGUUCUACCCUGUCAUGCAGUCGGGUAUGAAUAAAAGAUAGAGAAAAGUGUAGCAGGAAGAUCAGCAGUAAAAUGUGUCCCACAGAAGCAUUAUAAAGGCUAGGUGUGCAGUGAUGGCCACACGCUGGUGAGUGUUGGCAGGCAGCAGUAUGUUCUGAUUCCCUCAGGGAAGAAGCUGUUGCAGAAUCUGGUGGUAGUGGCACAGAUGUUCUUCUGCCAGAUGGCGGAGGGUGAAGAGUCCAUAAGAGGGGUGAGAGGGGUCAUGGCCUUGUUAGAUGCAGAGUUUGUGGGAAAAGGUGUCGGUAGUGAGUAGAGAAACCCAGAUAAUCUUCAACGCUGUUCUCAUAAUCCACUGUAGGUUCUUGCAGUCUGAAACUGUGCAGUUUCCAUAUCAGACAGUUGGUAUGCAAUUCCCAUAUAAGACAGCUGAUCAGGACGCUCUCUACUGUCCCCCUGUAGAAAGUGGUGAGGAUGGGAAGGGCGAGACUUGCGCUCUCCAGGUGAAGACGCUGCUGGGCUUUCCACAGUUGCUAUGUUGAUAUUUAAAGAUAGAUGAUUGUCUCUGCACCAUACUGCAACCUGUACCACCUGCCCCCUGUAUGCUGACUCGUCACUGUUGUUGAUGAGACCUCCUACUGUAUAAUUAUCAGCAGACUUGAUUCGAGGUGUACUUUGCAUUACAGUCGUGAGUAAGCAGUAUUAACCGGCAGUACCCAGCCAGUUAUGUUGUCAGGAUCAGUAGCUUUCCUUGAGUUAACUCUGGGCAGUUUUUCUGAUGUCUCCUGCAUACCAACAGACUUCUUGGUCAGAGGAUGUUGGGGUAGUUUUUUUUGCCAGAUUCUUGUUCUGUGCCUCAAGCCAUGCACAGACAACAUUAAGUGCAUUUGGGAGGAAGGUAUCACCAUCACAGACAUGUGGUGUAGCUUUGUUGUCAGUAAUAGCCUGCCAUAUAUGGCCACGUAUUCUGUGUCUCCAUUCGGUGUGUCCAUGGAUGCUUUGUAUAUAGUUCUCUUUAACCUCUCUGAUAACCUGACACAGGUUGGUUAUUGCGGUGGGGAGGGCUGCCUUGUUGUUUGGUUGUUUGACCUGAAGGCAGUGUCUCAGGUUUUUAGUAGGACACACUGAUGAUGGCCUUGAAAGCAAUCACAUUAUUUAUGCAUUUGCUAAUGUGAACAGUCAUUAAUGCUGUGUAUUCCUCCAAAUCUGUGACCAAGUCAUAGGUAGCAGCUUCCUUGAACAUGUUCCAGUCUGUGUGAUCAAAAAAGCCAUGAAGGACUUUUUGUCUGCUUUGCUGCUUUGUAGGAAACAGCUCAGUAGUAGACUACUACCUGCUGUAGUCUUCAUUAUUCUAGGUACUAAUAAAGAGCCUUUUGAUCAAGCACGGCAUGGAGUUUCAAAAUGGACCAAAAGGUCACUCAGGUGCUGUAGUGAGAGACCAUUCAGUGCUUUACAGGUCAUUAUUUUCUGAGCCAAUGCAGUGUGGAUAAGAUAGGGCUGAUAUGAUCAAUUUUCUGGUUCUAGUAAGGACUCUUGCAGCUGCAUUCUGGACUAACUGGAGCUUGUUUAUGCUCCUACUGGAACAUCCAGACAGUAAGCCAUUAUAAUAGUGUACAGUAUGCAAUGAAAUUCUUACUUGUAUAUUCUCCCCUAUCAACAACACAACAAAGAAACAAACAUCCAUACAAUAUGUACAUAGUCCAACCUAGAAGUAACAUGCACAGCAUGAACCAGUUUUCCUGCAUCAUGUAAUGAGAUUGUAUUUCUCAUUUUAGCAAUAUUUCUGAUAUGAAAGAAAGCGAUCCUAGUGAUAUUAUCUCCAUGAGCUUCAAAUGAGAGUCUGGAGUCAAAAACCACACUGAGGUCUUUUACUGCUGCACAUGAUGAAACCGAAAGGUCAUCCAGAGUUAUUAUGUAAUCAGAAAGCUUACUUCUAGCUGCAUGUGGUCCUAGUACAAGUACUUCUGUCUUGUCAGAAUUAAGUAAAAGAAAGUUAAUAAGCAUCCAGUUUCUAAUGUCUUUUACACAUUCCUCAACUUUAUUAAGCUGGUGUCUGUCAUCUGGCUUUGCUGAAACAUACGACUGAGAGUCAUCAGCGUAACAGUGGAAGCUAAUACCAUGCUUACGGAUAACUUUACCCAGAGGUAGCAUAUAUAGAGAAAAGAGCAGUGGGCCUAAAACAGAGCCUUGCAGGACACCAAACUUUACCUUAGUAUGAGAAGAGAAGUCACCAUUUACAUCUACAAUCUUAUAACGAUCAGUCAAAUAAGACCUGAGCCAGGAAAGGGCCGUUCCCUUAAUGCCUACUACAUUUUCCAGUCUAUCGAGGAGAAUAGCAUGAUCAAUGGUAUCAAAAGCUGCACUAAGGUCAAGCAGCACCAGCAAGGAGACACAACCCUGAUCAGAGGCCAGUAGUAGGUCAUUUACCACUUUAACCAGCGCUGUCUCUGUGCUAUGAUGAGGCCUAAAUCCUGACUGAUAGGUUUUUUGAAUGUUAUUCCUAUGCAAGUGUGAGCCUAACUGCUGUGCUAGAACUUUUUCUAAAUUUAUCUAAAUUACCUGAGAGCAGUAUGGGGUGUUCUGAUUGGCUGCCAGCAGUGUGGUGAGCUAUGAUUGAAUGAGUGCAGUAACAAGAAACAGAAACACACACUCAUGACACACACAAACACAUGCACAUUCUCACACACACACAGACAGAGGGAGAGAGAGAGAGAGAGAGAGAGAGAGAGAGAGAGUCACUGGUUCACUGCUGGUCUAAAAAUAACCGGAGGGUUGUCCGGGUUCCAUGAUGAAUUGUUUUGGAACAAAAGGCUGUGCAGCUUCUGAGGGUCUUUGGUUUGAGACUUGUCUGAGCUGAGAGACGCUCUCGCUCGUGUGUGGAGCAAUGGGGGAGCCGAAGGCUGAGGUGACGAUGCUGAACGAAGAAGGAGACGCCAAACCGCAGGUGAAUAAAAAUGGGAAAAAGGGCGGAGCUGCAGGUGGGACAUCGUUCUUCACCUGGUUCAUGGUUUUGGCUCUUCUGGGUGUCUGGACCUCCGUCGCUGUCGUUUAUUUUGAUCUGGUGGAUUAUCAGGGAGUGAUUGCCAAGGCAAAGGAUUUGCGGUAUAAUAUUUCAGAGAUUUUACAAGGUAAACUGGCGUCCUACGAUGCUGAUGGUGAUGGAGACUUCGAUGUGGAAGACGCUAAGGUCCUGCUGGGACUGAAGGAGAAGCCUGACGUUACGGCCUCUGGACCGUCCGCUCCUGCUGAAGCCCCAGAGCCUGUCGUAGAGGAACAGAUCCACGCUGCUAAAGUUGAAGAAACAGCUCAACUUCCUCCAGAGCCCGAGGCCGUGGAGGAGGAGCCCGAGGCCGUGGAGGAGGAGCCCGAGGCAGUGGAGGAGGAGCCCGAGGCCGUGGAGGAGGAGCCUGAGGCCGUGGAGGAGGAGCCUGAGGCCGUGGAGGAGGAGCCUGAGGCAGUGGAGGAGGAGCCUGUGGCUGUGGAGGAGGAGCCUGAGGCCGUGGAGGAGGAGCCUGUGGCCGCGGAAGAGGAACCUGAGGCCGUGGAGGAGGAGGAAGUAAAACCACUGAUGGAAGAACAAGAAGAGGUUCCUGAAGAAGAGCCUGAAGUGGUGGAGGACGAGCCAGAAAUAGCAGAUGAAGUGUCAGUGGAAGAGGAGGCAGUAGAAGAAGCUGUGCUUGUUGAAGAGGCCAUUAAAGAGCCAGUUGAGGAACCUGCCCAAGUGGAGGAAGCUGUUGAAGAGCCAUUUGAGGAAGCAGUUGAAGAGCCAGCUGAAGAAGCUGUUGAAGAGCCAGUUGAGGAACCUACCCAAGUGGAGGAAGCUGUUGAAGAGCUAGCUGAGGAAGCUGUUGAAGAGCCAGCUGAGGAAGCUGUUGAAGAGCAAGUUGAGGAACCUGCCCCUGCUGAGGCAGUUGCUAUGGAAGAAGCAGCUCUUGAUGGGGAGGUAGUUGAAGAAGCUGCCCCUAUUGGAGAGGCUACAGAUGAGUUACUUUCUGUUGAGGAGACAGAAGAGGGAGCAUCAGUUGAAGAAGUAGUUGAGGAAACCAUUCCUGUUGAAGAAGUAGUUGUUUUUGAAGAAGCAGCUGCUGUAGAAGUCCUUAAGGACAUUGCACCUGCAGUUGAGGAAGUAACGGAAGAAGCAGCAGCAGUUGAAGAAACAGUAGAAGAAUCUGCCCCUGUUGAAGUUGCUGUAGAAGAGGCAGCUCCUGAAGAGGCAGUUCCAGUUGAAGGAGUGGAGGAAGAAGCACCUGUUGAAGAAACAGUAGAAGAACCUGCCCCUUUUGAAGAGGCUGCAGAAGAGGCAGCUCCUGACGAAGAGGCAGCUCCGGCAGAGGAGGUGAUGGAGGAGGCCUUAACAGAAGAGCCCGAGGUUGCAGAAGAAGAGCAGGCAGAAGAUUCACAAGACACAGAAACAGAAGAAACAGAGGAGGAAACUGAAGAAGAACAGCCAGAUGAUGAUGCAGAGGAUGUAGAAGAACAGAACGAGGACGAGCCGAUGGAGACGUAAGUUUUGGCACCCUGUGCGGCGACGGAGAGAGGAUCAUCCCACUACGACUGAGCAGCUGCAGUGGAUAAACAGAGAACAACACCAGCAUCCUGAUCAAAUCCUUUAGGCUUUUUAUUUUAUUUUAUUAGAUGCUCAGAUGUUUGAAUGAUAAAACACACCUGGUUUUCUAUUGUACAUGUUUGAGUUGGAUUUUUUUUUUUUUUCGUUAUUCCUCUUCCUGUUCCUCCCAAACAUCAGCUCUGCCAUUCCCACUCUGAGCUUUUCCGUUUGUUUCUCUUAGACGUGAAAAUGCCGUUUGUUGAGUUUGUUGAGAAUCAAAUGACUUCCUGUGUAUUGAAGCUGCUUUGUGAGUGUGAGAUCUACACGUGUGUGUGUGUGUGUGUGUGUGUGUGUGUGUGUGUGUGUGUGAGUGAGAGAGCGCACGCAUGUGUGCUCAUCAUGGUGUGUCCCUGUGUGGAUAUAAACACACACACACACCGUGGUGUUAAUGUGAAGGUAUGACGCAAAGCUGCACUGACGUUUAUAAAUGGCUUUCACAACUCACUUCAGUUCAGCAUUACAGAACAAGGCAAGUUUUCUAAUGCUGUGUGUGUGUGUGUGUGUGUGUGUGUGUGUGUGUGUGCGCGCGCACGUGUGUCCUUUGAGCCGUGUUUAUUACAGAGUGAUGAAUCUCUUUGUGACAAUUCAUUUUAAUUGUAAGCUCAUUUUUCAGUUAUCACUAAUUUUACACAGGGGGCUUUUUGGGUUUUCAGGAGUUUUAAGUAAUUCAUGAGCUUUGUGUGACAGAUACAGUUACAGCCGACACGUCUGACGUCACAUCUCGUACCUCUUUUUGUCUUUAUGGUUAUCAUAAUUUUGCAUUUUGCCUGAAAGUAAAUAGUUCACAUCACCAUAAGCACCCAAGUUUUUAUCAAUUUUUUUUUAUCAUGAUAAUUGUGACGUUGUUUCUCCGGAAUAAAACAUCGGUGUGAUGGUGAUUAUUUAAAGCGUUCACACUAAUUGUUCAGCACGUGAUUAAUUUCAGUGCUGCAGCUGUACAGAGACAGAACACUCCUCAUUAAUCACAUCACUGUCUCUCACAGCGGUGUUUUAUUUAUAACUCUUUUAUUCUGAUCAACAUUUCACUCGUUACGCUUCUGCUGAUGUGAUACUGAUUUCACAAAAACACUAAACACACAACACACUAAAUGAUUGCAAUUUAGCUUUUAAACUUUUUUUUUUUCCUAGAACACUUGAGGCUGUUUGUUUCACAACACUUAUGGAGUCAAUGUGAAUUUUUAAAGUGGUAUUAAUUUUGGGUAAUUUACAAAUAGUGUUUUUUUUUUUUUUUUUUUUAAGAUUUUGAAGUAUUUCUGUGGAGGUGUUUUUAGUCAGAAAUGUUUCUAAGCCAUAAGUGGGACGUGGACUUGUAGGAGAAAGAAACACAAAGCAGCAAUAAAUCUUUCUGCAGGUGGUUUAAUUGCAGUUCUUGUUGAAACAGGAUUUUAUUUUUGAUUAGGUUUACAUGAUAUCCUGCUGUAUGGGUCUAACACACUUUAACUUAUUGCAGUUUUAGAGACUUUUGGGUCACAAUUCUGUAUGAAAGUGUCAGUUUUCUGUUUGAGUGCUGCAAUAAAGGUUUGGGACAAAAACGUU